AUUGGCCUAGCUAAGCCAUGUUUUUUUCCAGAAAUAACUGGGUCUGAAUUGCCUUUGUAUUAUUUUGCUCACAGUAGCUGAGGGAGCAGGGCCUGGACCUGGACAAGACUAGUUAGUUCCUGUGGGUACUAGGGGAGGAGAGGUGGACCUCCAACCCCCAGCACCUUCAAGCUUCAUCUCAGAACCUCUUUUGACUCAGAGGCAGCCUUGGACGACCUCUGCGCUACAGAAACAGACACGGAGGACCCGGAAAUGGACUGUAGCUGAGGCCCUGAGCAUCCAGCCACAAGGUGGCACCAGCUCCCGCUGCUGCCCUUAACCUCACCCACUGAUUAAAAAGUUACCCAGCAGUUCCUGCUGAGAACAUCACCCUCGUUUUCCGAGUCCGAUUUGUGUUCCUGAGAGGGAGGGGGAGAGCAGAACAGGACGCCUAGGCUUGUGUUCAGCCCUCGGACUGGAAUUAGGAUGGUCCCCAGGGUAACUAAUCUGCCUAGAGGGAAAACCCUGCCCUGCUUCUGGAAUUCCUGAGUCAUAGCUCUGGUUUUGGGCCAUGGGAAGAAGCCAUUAUGUGACAGGGAGCAGCCCUUAGCCCAGCCCUGCACCAGUAAGGCCUGGGAAGGAGGGCCAAGGACCAGGGGCAAGACAAGGCAUGAGUCAUGGCAGGGGCUCACAGCCACAUUUGAGUCCUGGAGACAGCCCAAGCAGUCUGCCCGAGCUCUCAAUGGUGGGGGCCCAGUACAGUGUACCAGCCAGCAGAACCACAGCUGUGGAUCUAGGAAGUCCUUUGCGAGUUCUUAGAGAAGGAGGGACUUCAGCAAAUAAGGACCAGACCCGGCAGGCUGACUAGCAGGGCGGACCUUGCUUAUGAGGCAGGCCUGUGGGUGGACCCAGGCAGUUUCACUUCCCGCCACUGCUGCCGGCAGCAAGACCAGCCGAGAGAGUGCCUAGCAGGGCUGUUGCUGCCUGCCAGUCUGCUUGGCUCAGCAUGGGCUCACAGGCCCUACCCUCUGGUCCCAUGCAGACCCUCAUCUUCUUGGACCUGGAAGCCACUGGCCUGCCCUUCUCCCAGCCCAAGGUCACAGAGCUGUGCCUGCUGGCUGUCCACAGAUGGGCCCUGGAGAACACCUCCAUCUCUGGGGGGCAGCCACCUCCAGUGCCCUCGCCACCCCGGGUAGUGGACAAGCUUUCCCUGUGUGUGGCUCCAGGAAAAGCCUGUAGCCCUGCAGCCAGUGAGAUCACGGGUCUGAGCACAGCCAAGCUGGCAGCACAUGGGCGUCAAUGCUUUGAUAACAAUCUGGCCAACCUGCUCCUAGCCUUCCUGCAGCGCCAACCACAACCAUGGUGCCUUGUGGCACAUAAUGGUGACCGCUAUGACUUCCCCCUGCUCCAGGCAGAGCUUGCUAUGCUGGGCCCUACCAGUCCUCUAGAUGGUGCCUUCUGUGUGGACAGCAUUGCUGCCCUAAAGGCCUUGGAACGAGCUAGCAGCCCCUCAGAGCAUGGCCCAAGGAAAAGCUACAGCCUGGGUAGCAUCUACACUCGCCUAUACGGACAAGCACCAACAGACUCUCACACAGCUGAAGGUGAUGUUCUAGCCCUGCUCAGCAUCUGUCAGUGGAGGCCACAGGCCCUAUUGCAGUGGGUGGAUGCUCAUGCCAGGCCCUUCAACACCAUCAAGCCUAUGUAUGAUGUUACAGCCACUGCUGGGGUCAACCCAAAGCCAUCUGCUGCCAUGACCACUGCACCCCUGGCCACAGCCAACAGUCCCAGCCUCAGCAGGAGCAGGCAACCCAAGGCUCUUCCUCCAAUGAAGAUCCCAGAAGCCCCACCCCACGAGGGGCUACUGGCCCCACUGAGCCUGCUGGCCUUCCUGACCUUGGUAGUAGCCACACUGUAUGGACUUUUCUUGGCCUCACCUGGACAGUAGGCCAAGAGGAAAAGUUUGACUAAUAAAGACUCCCAUAGCACUGA